CGCUGGAAUUCGUCUGAAAUGCCUUCCCGCCGAUGGCGACAGUAUAAUCCAAACCAGGUGACGUCAUGGAUAGUUGUAUGUUUUGACGUUCGAUAUCAUCGGUUUUCGGUGAAUUUUGCCCCUGAAGAACAAAAAAGGUAAUCAGAGACCACCGUCUUUCAGUGGAGUCGCAUCAUACUUAAAAAAUCGCCGCCCACCUCCAUUGAUUCCAAGACAGCUACCAAGACCUAAACUAGCCAAUCAAAAGCCACAACUACCCCCUAGACAAAUAAAUACACAGAAAGAAUGUCCGUCACAGUCAUCACAUAGAGACUCCUCCCCUGGAACAUUCAGACUUUACAGUAUACCAGAGAAAGAAGAAGACAUUCAUGGGGAGCCGUCAUUAAAAAGAAGAACAAUGAGUGAACAGAAGCCUAAAUAUUCUACUACAGAACCUGAUAUUUCUAAAACAAAGCCAUCAUCGGGGAUACAAAAGAGUGACCAUUAUGGUUCCAUGCCUGACAUGUCUGCUUCUGGUGGGUUAAAGCCCCCUGAAUUGACCAGAAGAGAAAGUACAGUUGAUCCAGUAGAUGUCUCUAGUGAUUUCUCAUUCAUUGGUACUGAUCCAUUGUUUUCAUCUUCACCUAUUCCACAAGAUAAGAAGGUUUUUAACUUUGACCUAGCUGACAACUCUCAAGAUCAAAACAACGAGAAAAACAUGGGAGAAACACACCAAUCUGAUGAUAAAACAAUGUACCACACAGCUACCAGUCAGGUCAGUGAAGCUAGUGUGGGAUCAGACAAUACAUCAACUGAAUCAAUCCCUGGCAGGGAUAGGAGAUCUAUAUCUGAACAUACCAAGAGUAAGAGCAGCAACCUUGAUCAGCACUUGUUGAGGAGAGCAUCAUCAGGAAAACUAAAGGAAACAGAACUUAAUCCUCUAAAGACUGUUGAUAGUGUCAGACAGUAUUUUACCAAACCAUCGGAACUGCUCAAAAGAAAACUCAAACACACAAGUCAAGAAAAUGAGCAGGAUUUAUCAAACAAAAAGGAAACAGAUGACUUUGUGAAAGGAAAAGAACAUAAGUCUGGUCCCCAUCAAGAACCUGUUCCCUCACAGAUAAAAGUGGUUCAAUAUCAGGAGAAAGAGGUCAAGGAAACUGUAGAGUCAAAACAUAAAGAACAUGACACCUUCGAACAGGAAGUGGCUUUAAAGGAAGACAAAGUUCCAGAAGAAUUUCAGAAAGGUGCUGUUGAUAAAUUGUCUAUUCAUAAGAAUUCAUCAGAUCAAUUGAGAAUUAAACCAAGUCAUUAUACUGACAAGGUUCAAAAACAAAGAGGAGGGAAUGAGAAAAAUGACAUUUUAACAAGAAGCUACUCAGAACCCAAAACAGGACAAGCAAUUAGAAAUAGAGAGGAUAGAAAGUAUAGAUCACAUGACAGUCAUGUGGGAUAUGAUCCUCAUCAUGACUUUACAUCAGUAGUGGACUUUUUGGAGGUGUUGAAGGUUCAGGAGGAGGAAUCUAGAAUGACAGGAAGUCAUGUGACAAACCAGAGAGAGGCUGAUGAAGAAGAAAAUGAAGAUUCUGAACAUAAAACUGUAGAAGAAAGUAUGGAUGAUGAUCAAGAAUCAGUCAGAACAAUUGAUACAGGAUCAGUUAAAAGUAUAGUGGACUUUAUAGAAAGUCGUAAGCAGAAAUAUACUCCAGUAGUCCCAUCACCAUUGACGUACAUCCCAUCAUCCAAUCAACUGGAGAACAGAGAAGAGUCAGGAGAAGUGAGACAAAUUGUUCAUCACAAUGGAGAAAAGGAUAGUAGAACAGGAGAAGUUGAUGGGGAUGUGACAGGUCAUGGUACAAACAUAUCAGGAUCUACAUUGAGUUAUACCACUCCUUCAAAAUUACUGAAGAAAGUAGAAAUCAGUAAAGAGAAAUCCCCAGGGUAUGGUGAAAUAGAAUAUACAACCCCAUCCAAACUGGGAAUGGAAAAACAAGAGUCUUCUUUGAGUAACUCUACACCUUCUGAGUUGGAAGUUGAAAAAUAUGAGUCAGCUAUGAGUUAUACAACACCUUCUGAGCAGGAAAUUGAAAAAUAUGAAUCUACUUUGAGUUAUGCCACACCAUCUAUGGUUGGUAUGGAAAGACAAGACUCUAUUUUCAGCUAUACAACACCUUCCAAAUUGCUGGAGAAAGUAGAAAUCAGGGAAGGAAGAAGGAGUAAAGACAAAUUUUCAGGGUAUGGCGAAAUAGAAUAUACAACCCCUUCCAAACUGGGAAUGGAAAACCAGGACUCUACUUUGAGUAAACCUCAAACAUCCAAGCUAGUAAUGGAAAAACAAGACUCUACUUUGAGUUAUACUACACCUUCUAAAUUACUUGAGAAAGUUGAAAUCCGUGAAGGCAGAGCCAGAAGUAGUAACGAGGAGUUUCCAGGGUAUGGCGAAAUAGAAUAUACCACACCUUCCAAACUGGAAAUGGAAAAACGUGACUCAAAUUUUAGUUAUAUUACACCUUCCGAAUUACUGGAGAAAGUAGAAAUCCGUGAAAGUAGAAGUAGUAAAGAGAAAUCUCCAGGGUAUGGCGAAAUUGAAUAUACAAUACCUUCCAAAUUGGGAAUGGAAAAACAAGACUCUACUUUGAGUUAUACUACACCUUCUAAAUUACUAGAAAAGGUUGAAAUCCGUGAAGGUCGAAGGAGCAAAGACAAAUCUCCAGGGUAUGGUGAAAUAGAAUAUACAACCCCUUCCAAACUGGGAAUGGAAAAACAAGAGUCUACUUUGAGUAACACUCAAGCUUACAAGCUGGGAAUUGGGAAACAAGCUUCUGCUUUAAGUUAUACUACACCUUCCAAAUUACUGGAGAAAGUUGAAAUCCGUGAAGGUCGAAGAAACAAAGACGAAUUUCCAGGGUAUGGUGAAAUAGAAUAUACAACCCCAUCCAAUCUGGGAAUGGAAAAACAAGAGUCUUCAUUGAGUAACACUACACCUUCUAUGCUAAGAAUGGAAAGACAGGCAGCAGCUGCUGCGUCUAAUUUGAGUUACACUACACCUUCUAAGCUACUGGAAAAAGUUGAAAUUCGUGAAAGGAGGGAGAAAAAAGGGAAAUUCCCAGGAUAUGGUGAAAUGGAAUAUACAGCUGCAUCCCAGUUGGGAAUGAUAGAAAGAAAAGAUCAGUCUGUGACAGAGCAUAAUGGGCACCCUACUUCAACAGAACUUCUGAACCAGGUUGAAACAAGGGAAGUCAGAAGACAUUCAUCCCCUGAAACAUUGGAUAAUAUAACUCCAUCUGAACUGUUAGAAUUCAAUGUUCAACAGGAACAAGAGAGAACCAGUAGUUCAGAGGGUUCUGCUUCAGACACCCUGUCCAGUGAGAUGUACAUAAACAUGGAAGAGAACUCAGGGUAUGGAGAUUCCAGUAUAAGUAUACAGUUAGAACUAGCAGAUCUGACACCAAAACCAAGUAAUAAAAGACUGGCUGAAAGACCAAAGAAACCAGAACAGAUGAGCAGUCCCAAUAUAACAACUGUAACAGGUGCUCCCAGUGACGAGAGUUACAAAGGGUCACUACAUAGGGUAUUGUCUGCUCCUGAUGGUAAACUGAGAUACAGUCUAGAUACUACAGAGCCGUCUGGAAAACAGGAACCAUCAAAUGUAAACAGAAAUAUAUCUACCACUCCAUCUAAAUUACUGGAAAAGGUUGAAACCAGAGAAAGAAGAGAGAAAAAGGACAAAUUUCCAGGCUAUGGAGUGUUAGAUUAUACAACACCAUCAAAACUAGGGAUAAAACAGAGGGAAAGGGUUGACAGUGAUUUGUACCCAACAUCAUCAAAGUUACUAGAGAAAGUUGAAACUAGAGAAAAGAGAGCCAACAGAGAAAUGUUUCCAGGUUAUGGUGUAUUGGAGUACAGAACACCAUCAAAACUAGUUACAGAACCGUAUGAAGAAAAGAAGGCUGAGGAACAACCACUUUUAUAUACUACUCCAUCAGAACUGCUUGAAAACAUUAGAAAGAGAGAGAGAAGAGAAAUGUCUUCUGGACAUAGUUUACUGGAGUACGAAACACAAGCCAAAAUAGCUGCAGAACAAAAUAAGACAAGGGGUCAUAAGGAUUUAUUGGAAAUGCACACUACUCCAUCAAAACUACUGGAAAAAGUGGAAUUGAGGGAAAAGAGGAGAAAGAAAGAAGAAUUUCCUGGAUAUGGUGUUUUGGACUAUAGAACUCCAUCCAAUAUGAACGCUGAACAUGCAGAAGAUAACAAUAAACCUCUGAUUGACCAGACACCAUCAACAGUACUGGAUGAAGGUCAAGUGAAAGAAAAAAGACAAAAUUUAGCUAAUAACAAAGCUCCAUCAAAACUAAACACCAAAAACAUCAAGGAAAAGAUUGAUGAUAAAGGACAGAUUUUAUAUACCACACCUUCAAAACUGUUAGAAAAAGUAGAAAAAAGGGAAGAUAGGGAGAGAAGGAAAGAAAGAGAAUUCAGAUAUCAUGAUGGAAGAAAAUCUUUACACUCUGACUUAAGUUACACAACACCAUCCAAACUUCUAGAGAAGGUUGAAAAAAGAGAAGAUAGAGCAUGUAGAAAAGACCAGCCUGGAUAUGGUACUUUGGAAUAUACUACACCAUCAAAAUUAAUUGGUCUUAGUCAGAACCAACAGGAGGACGAAAGGAUGCCGUCAGGAACUGAGGUAAACAGAAAUGGCAAAAGAAGUUUGGAACAGACAGAAUGUAGAUCACCAACUAUUUCAGAAUUGUUCGAAGGGGUAAGACAGGGCAACCAUGGUAACAGAGCACCAGAAAGGACUCAUUAUGGAUCACCAACUAUUUCAGAGGUGUUUGAAAUGGUGAGACAGGGAAACUAUGGGAACAGGGCACCAGAAAUCACUCGUUACGGAUCAUUUUCCAGUACUACACCUUCUAUCAUAGCCAAAAAACUUGGAUAUGGAGAUUCUAAAACUAGUUUCCAACAAGAAGAACCUUCUGAGACAGCAAAUCAGAGUAAUAGAAGGUUAGUGGAUAGACCUAGAAACUCAGGUCAGACUUUAAACAGGGAACAGAUGGUUCAAUCUGACACAAUGAUGUCAGCUCCGACUGAAGAUGACAGUGAAAGAUUACUUCACUUCCAUAGAAUUACUUCUGCACCAAAUCGACUUUCAAAUUCACAGAAUGAUGCCAACAAGAGUUUGAAUGAUAGUGGUCUAGAUACAGAAACUUCAAGCAUCACUGAGAAUGACAAAUCUAAAGAGGAAAAAAGAAGUCAGUGGGAAAGAGAAGCCAUUCUAUCACAUAUACACAGUGACAUCACAGCCUAUUUCUCCAAGCAGCCAAGUGAAGAGGGCUAUCCUAAUAAGAGACAUAGAAGUGAACCGGAAUUUUUCGGCUCAUUUUGUGAUUUCUCUUCUCAUCCUAGUUUGAUAGAUCAAGACACUGAUGAUGCUUAUAACAUCAAGGGUACAGAGCCUCUCCUAAGCUCCUCUUCAUCUUCUGGAGGUGCCAGGGUUCCAGUAGACACCAGUUCUAGUGAAACAACAGAUGCUAUAGUGAUGGAUGAUAUACAAUAUGAUGAAGUACAAAAAUAUAAUGGAAAAGUUCAAAACAAGCAUCUUUUCCCGAAAGAGUCAGAAAUAUCAUCAUCAUAUCCAUUGAGCUUGGACUCGUUAAGAAACAGAGAAUCUUUGUCAACAUUUAAUCCCAGCUUUCUAACAUUUGGAAGUAACAGUUUCACAGAAGAAAGCACAAGCAGUGGGAAAUCAUCAGAGGAAAGUGUACUACCUAUGUACAAACCUGUAGAUGACACAGCUUCCAUAAACCAGCUGUUCUGGUCCAUGUAUUCUUCUUAUCCAGAUCUGAUGCAGCGAUUCCUGAACUCUGACACUGGCACACCGUCACAGUCAGCACUUAGCUCACUGUCAGAUCUGUACUCCAAUGCACUUCACUCCUUUACCAGUGAUGAUCACCCAAACCAAGAGGUCCACUACAGUACUGGUACACAGAAAAAGAGAGCAUUGCCACAGAGUCCUACCAGUAGUGCACCUGAUUCUAGGAGUUUCUUCAUGGAAAAAGAACUUAUGGAAAGCCAGAACAGGAAGUUACAAUUGGAAAUAUCUACACUGACAACUGAAAAUAAAUUGUUCAAAGAUAAAUACAACCGAGCGGCAGCAAAGAUCAGCGAUUUAGAGGAGGAGCUUAAUGAGACUAAAUCUGAGUAUGAAUCACUACAGCAGUCCGUUAAUGAGGAAGUCUCAGAAGUACAAAGGAAAAGUAAAUCUCAGAUAGCACAAGACACCGACCAUUUACAGUCAAAGGUUACCUCCCUUGUUCAUGAAAAUGAACAGUUGAAGUCAGAGGUGAUGUACUUAGAGACACAACUACAAACAGCUAAUGGUGUGGUAGAAAUGGCCAGACAUAAUAAUGAUAAGAAUAAAACAUUAGAAGCUUACAAAAUGGAGGUUACUUCUCUGAAGGAUGAAGUAAUCAAAGUGAAGUCACUAUUAGAACAGAGUGAGCGCCAUCUACAUGAAGAAGAGACUAGAUCAAGGGAGACAAGCCAACAGGUGAUCAAGUUAACAGAGAUGAAGAAUCUACUGCAACAUCAGGUCGAUAUGAGCGGGGGAGGAAAUACUGUUGUAGAUAAGCAGAUAAAAUCAUUAGAGAAGAGACUUCGAGUAACAGAAGAGAGACUUCACCAAGAGAGAUCAGAUAGAGCUAAUAACCUGUCAGCUGUGGAAGAUAAACUGUUAACAGAGAAUGCUAGGCUACAGGCCACAGAAAAAGAAUUAAGCAGACAGUUACAGAGAGAGAAGGAUAAGAACUGUAAUCUGGAACAGAAAACUAAAGACGUGAAGAAUGAAAAUGAGAAGCUGAGGUUACAAGUACCAUUUGAUGAAACUUCAUUGACUUCUCACAAAUAUGAUAUACCAUAUAGUACACAUUCUAGUCAAAGACAUGAGUCUGCCAAGAAUCAUGACUUUAAGCACAUAGCUUCACAACUUGAACAACAAGCUGGGGUAAAAUCAGAAAUAGAUAUGAUUUGCCAUUUAUGGAUAACACGAGAGCAGGCAUACAAUCAGUUACGUCACUUGGAGUUGAUGCUCCAGGACUUAAACCUGAGAGACAAUGAUGUCACAGAAGGACUCAAGAAUUUGAGAGACCUUAAACAUCAGUAUGAGGUAAAGCUGAAACAGGCAGAAGAAAAAAGUGAAGAUUGCAAGUCAGAAAAAUUAACAUUUGAAGCAACAUACAAAGAACAACUGACCAGUCUAGUAAAGGAGAGACAUGAAGCUUUUGCCAAAUUAAAAACAGCAGAAGAUUUGCUAGAGGCAACAAGAAGUGAAAAUGAAAUUUUACGCAAAAAUUUACCAGCUCUUUCUGCUGGUUCUAUGCAGUCUCUUCACGGAACAAACAGUGAGAAACAAUCUCAGCUUGUUCAGAUCCAGGAGUUGGAAGGUAAAGUCCAAUCAUUAACAAGGUCAAAUCAAAUGUCAGAAGGGGAGAUAACUACACUGAAAGUUCAGAUGGAGGCUAGAGAGAAAACCCUGAGGGAUGUGGAGAGUGAACUGGAGCUAGCUAACAGUAAAAUGGACCUAGAUAAUGGAGAGGAAAGAAAACAACAGAAAAUAGAUAAACUGACUGCACAGGUAAACAGUAAACAGGCCGAGCUUGGACUGAUGAAUGACAAAUACAACAGAUUGUUAGCUGAGAACCGGUCAUUGGAGAUGGAGUUAGACAUUACAAAGUUAGAUCUCACUUCUGUCAAGACUAAACAAAGAGAAAUUACAGGAAUUGCUGAUACUAAGAUGUCAUUCUCUGUGAAAGAAGAACUUGAGGAUAAGAGCAGACAGAUUGAGAAGAUGGCAGAAGAAAUAGAGAAACUAGACAGCGCACUACAACAAACAAGACAAGAUCUUUACCAGGAACAACUACAGUGUAAUAACUUUGAGGGACAGGUUGAAGGUAUGCAGCAAGAAUUUGAGGAAAGAGGUAGGAUUAUUGAUGCGAUCUCUGAAACAGAAAUGGAGCAGUUGUCUCAGUACAAAGUCUUAAAGAACACUCUUGACUCUGUGAAUGCAGAUCUCAAGAAAAAGGAAGGAAAGAUUAAGAUUCAAGAAGUUGAACUAAGUCAGCAAACAGAUAAAAUCAACCAGUUAGAGAGAAAGUUAUCAUUACAUAAUGAAACCACUGGAGGAGUUAUGGUUCCUGAAGUAACAGAACUAGAGAGAGAUAAGAUCAAAUCAGAGCUGCUGGAGGCAUAUUCCAAGUUAAAAACAACAGAGGAAGAAAUGCGGGAAAUGGCAUCAGAACUACAACAAAUACAGGAAGAAUUGACCAAUCAGAAGGCAGAACUCUUACAGCUUUCGUCAGAGAAAGGGGAGCUAGAACAACAUCUUGAGGAGAUAGCAGAAGAACAUGAUGCCUUGAUACAAGAGAAAGCUCAGUCAGAAGAGGACAUUGUAAAACUAGAAAACAAACUUCAAGAACUGGUAGAAACAUUGGAGAUUGAGGCUAGAAAACAGCAUGGCAAUUUUGGAAACGAGUACGAAAAUAUACCAGCAGAGUUUAGCCAGAUGGCAGAAGAACUGGGUACCCUCCGGUCAUUACUGGAAUCUAAGGAUAAAGAGUUAGAAAUGUUCCAAACCAAGGCAAGUCGUCAACAAAUGGACCUUGAGUUUUUACAGAGAAGAAUAGAGCUACUACACAGUGACAACCAAAGUAAUAGAGAAGACAUUGCUCGUAUGACUAACCAACUCAUUCUUAAGAUAAAAGAAGGAGUUGAAUCAAGACAGUUGAAUGAGUAUCUGUCAGGGGAGAGAGUAAAGCAACAGAAUGAGUUGUCACAAUUAGAGCAGAAUUUAGAAAGAACAGCACAGUUACAAGUAGUCAAGCAAACAGAGAUAGAAAAAUCUGAGUUCAGUAAGAAAGAUGCCACGAUUUCUGUUCUUGAGAAGAGUUCAGAGCAGGUGAGGAAGGCCUUACAAGACAAUGAGUAUGAGAACGUACAACUACGAUACAGAAUAGAGACUCUGACUAACGACCAGAGGAAACUAUCUACUAUCAACUCAUCACUGGAAACUAAACUAGAAAUGGAGAAGAAAAUGUAUGAUGAGAGCCACCAGGAAGUGACAUCAUUGAACCACAAACUAGAUCUGCACCAGCGUGAGCACGACCACGUGUUAAAUAAUCUUAAUACGGAAAAACAGCUCAAAGAAAAGUUAAACAAUGACUGCCAGAUCUACUCAUCAGAGAACAAGAAUUUAAGACAGGAAUUACGGGAUAUACAGUCAGAAUUAGAUAGCUGUCAGAAACAGCUGACUUCCAGUCAAGAAUCAUUGAAGGAUGCCAAACAAGAUAAAGGAGUCAUGUACCAUGAAUACGAGAACAUGAUAAAAAGAAUGAGUGAAAAAGACCAAAAGAUCAUUGAACUACAGACCAAGUUAGAUAUAACAGUGGCAGACAUGGAGAAAGAGCUUCAUUUACAGAAACAUACACACGAGUUAGAGAAAACAUCAACAGAGAGGGAAUUAGAUAUCACUAAGGAACAAGUUACAACAUUGAGUUCUGAAAUGAAGAACAAAGACUCAGAGUUAUCUACCUUUGGAAGAUCUCUACAAGAAUUAGAAGAAGCCACCAGAAAAAAGAAAGAGCUUGAAAGUGAACAUGAAAGAUCACAAAUGGCAGUUCAUGAUAUGAAGAUAUUACUGGACAGUCAUAAGAAGGAGAUACAACAACUUCAGGAAUCAUUGUCUAGACAUCAGGAAAAUGUGUCUAGAACACAGUUAGAGAAGGCUGGUGUAGAAGAUAAACUAUACAGACUGGAGGAAUCAUCUACUGUACAGAUACAGGAACUCAAGAAAACUAUAGCUGACAUGAAAAGUUCUAAUGAAGGGGAGAAAUUCUACCUGAAAGAUAAUCUCUCACAGACUCAGUCCCAGAUCCAGUCGUUACAAUCCAGUCUUUCCUCAGCGGUCACAUCCAGGGAUAAACUUCAGAUAGAAUGCAGACUGCUUCAGAGGACUGUGGAGGAAACUAGAGAGCAACUUCACGAUACAUCAACGUCAAGGAAAGUAGCUGAACAGAGAGCUGAUACUCUGGAAGGGCAACUACAUGACAGCAGAAAAGACAGGUUCCUGACAGAAGAAAAACUAAAUCAGUCUUUGUCAACAGUCAGUAGACUUGAGAGGGAACAAAAGUUAGAUAAAGAAAAGUUAAAGGCUGCCAUUGAAGCUAGUCAGGAGUAUGAGGCUACAGCCUAUGGUCAGGAAUCUAAUGCCAGAGCUAAACAAGAAAAGGUGGAUGUACUACAGAAUGAGGUUGGCAAGUUAAAACAGAUACUAGAAACUCAGAAGGUUCAGAUGAAUUCUAAACUUAAGAAAUCUGCCAAAGAUUUGUCACAACAGAUGGAGCUGAUAGAAUCAGACAGGAACAAGGUGUCACAACAAAACACACAACUGUUUACUGACCUGGAAAAAUCUCGUGAGACAGUUCAAACCAAGAACAAGGAAAAUCUCAAGUUACGAGAAGAUAUGUUACAACUACAAGAACAAGUCAAGGAAUUGUCCUUUAAAUUAAAACAUUCCGACGAGGCAAAGAAAGCAGAAGAAGAACUCCAGUCUAAAUUACAGAAGAAAUUGGACGAUCAGGAAGAUGAACUAAAACGAGUGAGAAACUUCCUGACAAAGAAAACCGAGGAGUCUGGAGAGGCAGAGAAAUCGGCAUGGCAUGACAUGAACAAGAUGAUACAUGAGAUGAGUCAACAGAUGUCAAUGCAUUUAGAGUCACAAAAGACCAGCGACAAUAAAGAUCAGGACGCAAAGGUCGCACAGCGGUACAAAAAACAUAUCCAUGACCUGAACACGGAGCUACAGACCGAGAGAGCUCUACACAAGAUCACAGCCUCCUCAUUACAGAGUUUAGAGGAGGACUGUGUUAGGCUCAGACAACAAUGCCAGGCCAUGAGGAAACGCAAUAAUUCAGCUUCAGACAAACGAUACAAAUCCAGAAUGGAAGCCAUCAAUGAAAUCAUUGCCCGAUCACAGACACAAGCUCAGGCCAUGUUGGCUUCAGGGAAUUACCUAGACGAGUCAUUAAAGAGUCUUGCUAGUCCCCGAGUUACCUUUGAGACUUCACCAGACAAUUCUGUAUGUAGUGACAUGUCUUUCAACAGCACCAUUGCAAUAAACAGUGAAUCAUCACCACUCAAUCCUACCAUGAAAUCAACGCCCAGGAAAACUUAAAUCUUAAAUGUCAUUACUAAAAAUAGCAUGCAAAAAUUACAGCAUUACCUGUACUAGUUUUGUCAAUGAAGAUCAGGUUUUUCAUUUACAUUAAGUGCCAAAAAUUACUUAACAUAUUAUUUUUCAUGCACGGUGGAAUGUUUAUAUAAGAAAGAAGAGAAAUUGGAGAAAUAAAAACACCUUUUUAUGAUUUGGUUAAAUUCACUGAUUACUUAAGCAAAGUAUGCAUUUAAAGAGAACAUUUUUCAUUUAGAUACUAAAUCAUACAUUUUAAUCUACUAAUUGGUGCAGAUCUGUUUUAGUAUGGUACAUAUCAAUAUUUUUCAUUAUUUCAGUAAUCAUGUUGUCUGUAAGUUUAGAGGAUAUAUAUUCAUUUCUCCGUCACAAGGAAUCAUGUCUGUUUAAUUGUUUUCACAAUAGAUAUUGUCUGUGAUCAGGUUUUAAUUACAUGACAUUGGUGGUCCAUGUCAAAUAUAGGAAGCAUUUCACCCUAAUUUAAAUAGUGUUCAAUUUAAUUUUUGUUCUCUCUCAUCUCAUGUGAAUUACAAAGGUUGAGAGUAACCCCCUUUAUAUAUAUAAGCUGUGUGUGCUUACGUUUACUUCAUUUUCUUACUUAUAACUUCGGACUAUAUUUCUCAAUGGUAAUGAUUUGUGUGUGUAGCAGAGGGGUAACAAAGGGAUUGCUAUAUGUCUUCUGUUGUCUGUUAUUGUCUGUUUUAUUAUUACAUUGUAUCCCUGUGUCUCUCUGACUACUCAACACAAAUUAAUCAAAUUUGCAAUAAUCCUCUACAAUAUAUAGUGAAGUUGUGUAAUUUUUUUUACUGUAUGGAAUUGUUGGCUGAUUGAUCCAAGGUUUUCAAAAUGUUGUACACUCAGAACUUGCAAUAAUCCUCUACAAAAUAUUGAGCAACAUUUGUGUGAUACUUUCACUGGGUUAAAUUGUUGGGUGUCUGAACCAAGGUUGUCAAAAUGUUUAAUUGUUUAACAAACAGAUGAAUAGCUGCGCUAAUAUUUCUUCCAUUGAAAACUCACAUAUGAGUCAUUUGAAUAAAGCAGUUUCUCCAAAUUUUGGAUUGUCCCAUAACUAAGGGUGAAGUGCUUCUGAUCUAACACUGUGAUUUUACAAACAAUGUGAUAUGAUUUAUUUAUUCACUAUAUAUUUCUAUUUUUAUCUGCAUAUUUAUUAUUUAUUUAGCUGUUUAAGCAUUUACUCAUAUUUUUUGUCUUUUCUUUUACUCAUUGUUUUUAGAUAUAUAUACAUAUACGCACAUGCAAAUUAUUCUCCAUUAAAAAAAAUGGAAAAGAUGAAAUAAAUGUUAUAUUUACACCUUGCAAUGCUUCUAUUAAAAGUUGAAACACAACAGUAAAACUUAUAUAUAGACAGUCCUGACAAUACAAUCAGGAAUUACCAAAAAUAGUGUUUAUUUAUCUGUGAUAGGGAAACAAUCAUUUUUUAUAAUUUGAAACUUUCUCUUUGCUUCAUUGUUGAAAUCAUUCCUUAUGUUAUUUAUUUAUUAAUUCUACUUAUAAAUGAGUGGUAUAACUUGUAAUCAGUAGGAUAGGUUCCAUAUAAUUAUCCGACAAUCUAUAUACCCUAAUCAAAAUAUAACUCCUAAUAAAUAUAAAUGUAUAUCAGUAUUUAUCUCAAUACAAUACCUCAGUAAUAAUAGACUAAUUAGUAAAUGAGCUGAGCCACAUAAAAAUCAGAAAUAUACACAGAUAUACUUCACAUUUAAUUUAGAAGAAAUUAAAUUUCUCAAAUUAAGUCAUUUUUUAACAAUUUACAAUUCCUAAUUAGAUAAUAUAUAUAAACU